CACGUUCGGGGCCUGUCGUUGCAACGCGGAAGAGACGAAGGAGGAAAAGAGGCUCCACGUCACUGAGGUGUAACAUCGGCGUCAGUGCCACACAAGGUGCUACCUCAGUACGGUUUCAAUACCAUUGUGCAAUUACAGAAAUCCUCAUGUAGGCAGUAAUAACACGUAUGACCACAGAGCGAAGAGACAUCCGGCUGUUUCCUGCACUGAGCGGCCUCGGCACAGACACUGGGAAUCCGCUGAAGAGUUCCCCACUGCCUCCGCCUCUAAAUGGGUGAAUCCGGCUCACGCCGUUCCACACUUGUGUCCCGCCUGCCAAUCUUCCGCCGUAGCAGCAGUAAGAGGCAGGAGUCUCUCCCCUCCUCUCCUUCUUCAGGCGGAGUGGGAAAUGGCGUCCACACUUCUUCGCCCUCCAGCACUAACUCCAGCUCUGGCAGUACUGGGAAACGCCGGAGUCUUUUCCGUACUCCAUCUCUUAGUUUCACAGCUAAACGGAACAGUGAGCCCCGUGUCCAGCCGAUCAACCUAAACCUCACACCUCCACUGACACAGGGCACUGACGCAAAUGGAAAUAACCAGCAGACGAUAACAUCGUCAGUGUCAACAGGGUUCAGUGAUGGUGGUGGUCGCCCCAAGUCACGACACUCAUUUGGGUUCGGUAGCCACAGGCAAAAGAAAAUCACACGUUCUCAGACCGAGGAUUUUGACAAAGCAUCCUCUUCAUCCUCCACAGCCAAUCGAAACGUGUUUAUAAACUGCAUCAGUGGCUCAGGGGCCAAUGAGGGUGACGACUCCGGGUUCCUCGAUGAUUACAGCGGCGGCAGUAAUAACAAACGAUCAUCACGUCAGAAGAAGCAGCUGCUGCCCAAAUCUUUCUCAGCUCACCACCGCUUCUCCCGAACCUCCGAUCACCACCGACCUCCGGAGGUGAAUCUGGAACCUCCAAGCUCCACCGAUCCUUCCAUCACUCCAGGGGCAGGAGGGCUCACCCCGGGGUCAUGGCCAGGCGAAUUGGUUGGUGCCGGUGGUGAGAGCUCACUCCAGUCCCCAAUGAUAUCAGAGGACCGAACCACAGCCAUCACCCCUUCAGAGUUCGUCCCCAUCACGGAGGAUUCUGUAUCCGAGGUCGAUGCUCUGCCAGCUCCCAGCCCCGCAUCUGGUUUAGCCCCUGGACCUGUCUCCGUGCCUGGGCCGGCUGCUGACACAGCUCCGCCUGACCCUCCACCUGCUCCAGAGAACUUCAGCGUGGCUGUCUCCACCUCCCAGGUUUUUUUCACCCCGGCUCAGUCCAGCGCUGAGAAACCCUUACUCCCUGACACCAGCACAGCCAACAACACGGACUAUGAGACUGCCGUGUCCCUCUCAGAGCCAGAGACAGCUGUUCCCUGCCCACCCCUGCAAGAACAAUCACUGGAAGAGAGGAAGGAGAGGGAGGAGGAGAGAGAGGAAGCGAGGGAAGAAGUGUCAGCAGAGGAGAGGAAGGAGUUGCCGGAGGAGAGGAAGGCAGGUUACCUUACAGAGACCACAAGUGAGAGCGAGGCAUGUGUGGUACGCAGCGAGGGCUGUCACUCAAACCCAGAGCAAUCGGAAAGGAGGGCGAGAAACACGCGCUCUGUGCAAGAAAGAGGAAGCUUCUGCGGCUGCCACGAACCCAGGUCAUCUCACUUGAGGAAACCACAUGCAGCCUCUCUGUGUAGCAGUGUCAGUCCCUAUCAUGAGGUGAUGCGGAUGGAAAGGCGUUUGCGCUCAUCGUCUGAGGGUGCAGGUGGGCCUCGUAUCCAUGGAAACCACAGAGAUGCCCCGGGCAUGGAGGGAUGUGGUCUGCUCAAACACAGAAACAACUCCUCAUCAUCAAAACUGGGGAGUCUGGAUGUAUUAAACAACCUGGGCUCCUCAGAGCUGGAUGAAGAUGAUCUUAUGUUAGACCUGGACCUCUCUGACGAUCAACGUCAUCGACACGUGUCCAGAGAGGACUCCAGCCAGUCCCUGGCCUCCUGUCUCAACCUGCUCCCCUCCCCCAUGGACCCAUCAGGAGAUCGCAUCCCAGGCAAAGAAAACCAUCAGAGGGAGCCCAGCCGUCCCACCAGCCUGCUUCCCGCUGACUGGAGCUCAGGGCUGGGUUUGGGGAGGGAAGAUGAGUCCUUACCCCCAGGGCUGGAAGCCCUUCCACUCAGACUGAUGCAGCAGGACUGUACUGCCGUCAAAACCCUGCUUUUAAGACUGAGACGGACACUGCAGGAGAGCACAGAGACGAGUCCUGCCAGCAGCCUCCAGUCUCUACCCAUCAGCCCUUGCAGUGAGAAGUCCCUUCCAUUUAAGGAUCCUGGCAGAGAGGAGACCUUGCUGCAGCAACUGAGGGAGAAAGACGAGCUGAUUCUCAGACUCCAGAAUGAACUGGAGAGUGCCAAAGCUGCCCUGAAGAUGAAAGACUGCCAAAUGAUUGACCGCGUAACACAGACAGAACACAUGGGGCCAGAGACCAGUCAUCCAGGCCGGUGGUCAGGACUAGGCAGCAGCAGCAUCCUGCCUCCAAGGGAGCGAAGGGUAGUGCGGGCAGCACUCGGAGGGGACCCCUCUAACCAGCACCUCCCCUAUCAUUAUCCACCUCUGCAUGGCCAGCCCUCUGCUUCUGAGCGACACACUGCCAGGGAGGAGCGCCACUGCCAGGGGGUUUUGGCACAGUCCACUGCCCGUAAUCCAGCUCCAAAUCUGGCUCCAGGCUCCUCCAAUCUGUCCUCUGUCAUUUCUGCAAUGUCAGCCCAAGCCUCACCUACUACUCCAGCCCAGCUUCAAGUGUCACACCCAGGCCCGAGUCCAAAUCAAUGCCCAGGCUCCGGUUUGGCGGCUGCUAAUCACACCGUAAUUCCAUCUCUGUCCUCCAGGCAGCCAGAGGCGGUGUCCUCCUCUUCUGAGUCCAUAACUUUAGGAGGAGGAGGUGGAGUGAGUCUGUCAAGUGGAGUAAGGAGAGGAGGAGGAGGAGGAGGAGGAGGAGAGCACCAUCCUCUUAGCCAUAUCCCUCGUGCAGUUGGGGCCAGCGCCUCCUCAAGCCUCCACAGUCUUGCAAGCAGAGGAAGCCCUUCUCCAAGCGUCUCAUCGUCCGACCAAGCCUCCCCUCCACCUCCGACUCCAUCCUCAGCCUCCUCCUCUUCUUCCUCCUCAUCCACCACAUUUACGGGUCGUUUAGGACAGCCACCUAGAGGCCCUCUGUCUCUGCAUAGCUACAGUCGUAAAAAUGUCUUCCUCCAACAUUCCCUACAUACUGCCGAACUGCAAGCUCUGACGCAGAGAGACAGUUGAGGGCACACAAACAUUUACACCAUCCCAACCAUAAGCAGCCAUAUCACUGACUUAAGUGACAAAAUGUGUGACUUUAUAGAAAAACUGCUGCUCCUUCAGUACAAGUUGCUUGUGUUUUCACAGUCUCUAUUCCCUGAAUCACGAACUACAUGCGCUUACAAUCACACUUGUCUCUCUUCACAACAUAGACCAACCAUUUUCUGACAUUUUGUUCGUAGAUUUGUUCGCUUAAACAUACACUCAUAUGCAAGUGCACACACACACACACACACACACACACUGGCUGUGAGUAUGAAAAAGGCACUCACCCGUCUAUCAGAACUCCCACGUUGUGUCAUGCUGACAGUUUAGAUGUGCUUACGCCCACAGACACACGAAGUGCACACAGACUCACAACCUCAUAUCCAUGCAUGCACACACACACACGCACACACACACACACACACACACACACACACACACACUCGCGCACGCACGCACUCACAGAGGUCUAUUCACACACACUUACAUACUCUCACACAGAGACAUCAUCUGUGAUAUCUCUGCCUCACAAUCUGUACAAAUAACAGGGUUUUAAACCAGGACAAAGACAUGAGGUGUGUGUUUGAUUGUGUUUUUGUUUAUAAGAUUUAUUUUUAACAAUUUAUUUUAUUAUUUUUACCAGUUAAAACCAUGUGCUGCUUAAGGAACUAAGGGAGUGACCAUACUUUGUGCUUGUAAGAAUAUACUCUCACAUUGCCAAACCCUACAUCAGAUCAACUCCUCAUUCCUUGAUGUCCACUUACAGAAGUCCAGAAUAAGAGACAUGUCUAGGUGAAUAUCUACAUCCAUUACCCAUAUACUGCAUGCUUUUUAAAACUUAAGGAAAAUACAGGUGAGCAUUUUGUACUGCAACAAAAGUGGGGUCGAGGUGACUUUUAAAGUCUUUUGAUAAUGUUUCAGUAUCAACUGUCACCUCAGUGUUUUAAGAAGGGAAUCAAACAUGCAAUGACCUAUAAGACAUGAAUCUGUUUGAAGAGUGUUUUGAAAACUAAUUGUCUAUCCUUCUACUCUCAUAAAUAAGGCAUUACAUGUUCUUUCAGCUUAAUACUGGACCACUGUUUUUGUAGAAAUUGUAGAAAUACAAUGUUGCAAUAUUACCCACAUUAUGUAGAAGAAUCAACGUGUAUCUGCAAUGUUAGAUUAGUACAGUACACAAGCUGAAAGGAAGAGUUUCAUUCUAAAGUGAGAUGUCUGUCAUUUGAACAAUUGAACUGAACAAAAUUUUUAGAUUCGCCACAACCAGCAUUGGGUAUUUUUUCCAGAAUGGGUGUCAGAUUUUGGAAUGAAGCCUUUCAAAUCUCCUUUAGGGCUGGGUAUUAAAGAGGGAUACCUACUGGUGCUUUGCUAAAUGAUAGUGUCAGUAUUAAUUUUUAGGAAUCCAAAGGAAAAAAAUAAUGGGAUUGCAGUUCACUGACACAUUUUCUAUGGUCAUUUUACUAUGGGAAUCAUUUGAGAAGAGUUGGUUUUCUUGGAUUGUUCAUAGAAAAUUAAUUGACAGAAAAUAGUUUACUAUAUAUAAUGAAAAGAAAUGAAACUGAAAAAUGUUUUACAGUCUAUUCCAUUUGUAAAAGCAUCAGCAAAGUGUUUUUCCAGUGAUACCCAGUCCUUUUAUGUUAGCCUUUUUUAUCUUCCUAAUCUCAGAUGUGUUGGUUAUCAUUUUAAAACAGACCUAAUGAGAUGGCAUUUGGUAUAAUAAGACUAGCAAUUAUGUUGUUUUGGACAGUGGGACACGUAUUUUUUGAGUGAAAUUUACAUACACUGGAACUGCCAUGACCUGCUGAGUCAUACAACAUUAUUCACACUUUGGGUACGAAAUGUGUCACAAUUUAAUAAGUGAGAAACCCACCUUUUUUGACUUCUGUGAACAACUGGACUGUAUAACUACAGUACAUGUUCAGUCUGCUACUGCUGAAUAUACACUCACCUUUUACUUUAAUAGGAACACCAUGCAAAUACUUGUCAGGGCCUCCCAUUGCUCUCAAAACAGCCUCACUGAGAUUUGUCAGCUGCACAUUCAUGCUGCGAUCGGCCUGCUCUAUGACACCCCAACAUGGUGUAUUAUCAUGCUUGAAGUAGCCAUUAGAAGAUCCUAACCUAUAUCUGCAAGAUUUUAUGCACUGCACUGCUGCCACAUGAUUGGCUGAUUAAUUUGCUCUGUUGAACUGACGACACCGUUGAACAACCUUUUCUUUCACCAUAGGAUUUGGGGCAAAUCUUAUAAUGUCAACCGGGAAAUGGGAACCUGAGCACAGGCCAGAAGUUCAGAGCUCCCGGCAUCUACAAAAAAUGUUAGAUUCUGGAGAAGUUGUUGACCUUAUCUGUGUCUAAACGGCACUUGGCUUUAGGGAAGCUGUAUAAAUUGUGUGAGUGUGUUUUGUAAUGCACACUUCAUGAGGCAUGGACCCGGUAGAGGUGAAGAAAAGCCUGAAGGAAGACAGCUCUGUUCCCACUGGUGGAAGCUACGAUUCUCCCUCUGGUCUGCUUCAUUUGCACGCUAUUCACUUUUUCGUCCCCCUUUUUUCCAUCAUCUCUUCUCUUUCUAUCCAAAAUUUUUUUCCCCAGCUUAUUUUCUCCCUGCCAGUUUAUCCACUCCCCUUAUUCCCCUUCAAUAUCUCCCUAUACAUUUCCCUCUGUUGUUUCCCUCAGCAUCCAUUUCUUUCUGUUCUCCUCUUUUUGGAGUCUGUUAUCCUCCCUCCCCCUCUAUCAUGUCCCAGGUCUCUCCUUCCCUCCAUCUCUCUCCCCCGCUUAGCCUACUUACCCAGAGCUUGUAUUGUCAUGUAGUGUAUCUAUCACAGACUCUGCUGCAGCCGCACUCAGUCCUGGGCAUUGGGACCUGCAACGAUGCUGAUUCUCGUUCCAGCUUUCUAAUCAGGGAGUAAUUUUACACCCGGUGAAUGGACAGCAGUAAUGUGGCUCCUGAGGAUCUGGACUCAGAACCACAGCUGUAAUGUGAACUAAACAUUCCCUGCUAGGUUUGUUUACAGGUGGUAGGUAGCAAUGCUUUGUCACUGGCUGAGCUCUUAAGAAAUGCUAUUUGCAUCCCUCAUCAAUGCAUGUAUCAUCUGAAAUGUCAUGAGGGAAUAUUUUGCCCUGUGUGAGCUGCCCACUCAGAUACAUUUUUUUCGACCACGUUUGAAACAGCUGUUGUUGCUUCAGCUGUAUUCAAGAGGCAGGCUGCCGGCCAUGUCACAUAUCAUAAAAGGAAAAAGCCACUUCUUAAAUGGCACAUUUUCAUUUUUCCCUGUCCACUUGUAACAAUGAAAUGAUAUUGAAUUUCACUGGGAAACAAGGGUCUACAAUCAUGAAGUGGAUACACCUCACAAACCUCAGUUCUUCAUUUUACAUAGCAGCAUGUUGUACAUUUAUUAGAUUUCAUUUGUUUGGAUGUUAUUUAUUGUUUCUGCCUUAUUUAUAUUUAUUGUCAUAGAAACACUUUCCUAAAAGCAUCUUGGCACUAACAAAUAAAGAUACUAGUCACAAAAAAUAAUCAUGAUGGAAAUGACAAUAACAAUAAUCAUAUUAUUAUUAUUAUUAUUAUUAUAAUUUUAACAAAUCAAAGAUAUUAUGCUGUCCUAGCUUUUUAAUGUGCUUACUGUAAUAUUUUUUUUCUUUUUGAAUUGCUGUAAUAAAGAAAUUGAAUUGUAUAAUUGUACAUAAAACUGUUGAUGUUGACUGUUCAUGAAUAUGAACAGUUUGUGCUCACUUAAAUGACACUGAAUAAUAGGGUUUGCAUACUUUGGUUGUUGGCACACAAGAUUAAAACACAACAAAAAAACAAUUCCGUUUCAGUGAUAAAUGUCAAAUGCAGUCGGAGGUCAGAGCUAUUACCAAAGCAUUUCAGGCUAUAGUUACACAACACUUACAAACAAAUCAAACUCAGUAAAGUUUGGCCCCAUGUUGAAUGUUACAUGUAAAGGCCAGUUGACCCCACCCCCCUUGAAAUCCAGCCUUUGCACUAUGACUAAUUCUGCUUGAGAUGACUUUGAAACACAUGACUUUGCAAAGUUUUACCUAACUGUCAGAAAAGUGGAUGAUGGUAAUCUAUUAAAGCUGCUUUUUUCAGUUCAGGAUGAAGUGUAAGUAUAUAAAUCUAUUGAGUAGACUGAGACUGUGAGCCUCUGACCAGUUAGCUCAUUAAUUCAUUAGGGAUAAUCUGUCCAAAACAAAGAAAUCUCUCUUCACAGAGUCAGUUUUUCACUUUCUAUGGUCCUACUAAACGGUUUUUAAACUUUAUCUGUUUGAUAAGAACUGUUUGAUGGGCUUAUUUAUGGUCAAAAAUCCUUUUGGUGUGUUUACACAAAGUAUUUCUCUUCGGUUUCUCUCCAAGAUGGUUUUUGUCACGCUCACAGUUGUCUGUUCACAUGAUAAAUGUUCUAUCAAAAGACUUCUGUCCACUGUCUGCUUAUUGUUAAUAUUUAAUACAAAUAAAAUAGAUGAAAAAUA